GAGAAAAUUCAACCCCCGCUCCCGCAAUUUUCUCGCCCUUUCUCUCUUGUUUUCUCUUCUUCCCUCGCUCCACUCCCAUCUCUCCUCACCAUUCUCUCUCGCCGAGAGUGAUCACGCAGAUUGAGCUCCUCCUGGAUUCGGCCUCACGGUCGCAGUUGCAGGCCUUCGCGUCAAGCGCGAUGCUCUCUCCGACCCUGACCUUCCUCGCCUCCGUAGAUCAUCCAAUUAUCGAGUGAGCAGCGCGAAUUUCCUCCCGUUUCCAGUGGAAAAGAUGGACAAGGAGACCGAGCUCCUCCUGCGCGUCGCCGCGAACCACCUCCACCUCGCCCAGUUCGAGCCGCUCCGCGCGAUCCUCUUGACUCUCCGGGCCAAGGACCCGGACCUGGCGUUCUCCGUCCUGCAGACGAUCGUGAGCCACGCGGGGCGGUUGGAGCACGUGCUGUGGGCGCAGUCGUGCCCGAAUCCUUCUCUCCUCGCUUACUUGUGCGCGCUCGAGCUCUUGCAGUUUGACAGGCCGGUAACCGCAUGGACCUUCGACCCCGAAACUCUGCGGCUGCGCGUUGAGUUUCUGUUGUACGUGCAGACCCUGAGCGACAGGGUUUUGGCGAAGACUGGGAUGGAUAUCGAUAGCCGAAGUGUAGGGGGGAGUGAGGUUAUUGAUGAUAGCACAUGGAACGAGAGCAGAAAUGAGGAUCUCGGGGAUAUAGGUAGGAGAUUGAAUAAUUGUGGUAGGGUUUUGGGUGUGUUGUUGGAGUUAGGUGUAAGGAGGUUGAAGGCGGAUGUUAUGGAAAGUGAGGGUGUUGAUAAUGGUGGCACGGAAGGUAGCCUGAGUGCCGGAAUGUCCUCAAUUGAUGAAGAGGAGUUAAUGUGUUUGAGGGCCAUAGUUCCGGAAUACACGGAAAUUUUUGAUGCGUUGUGUUCGAACAUACAGAGGCAACUGCAAGGUUGGGCUGUUGAUGAAUCUGGGUUAGCAUUGAUGGUGCAUAGGAAUGAGAAGACUCGGGCCGCUUUGUUGCUGGAGGAGGAAGAUGUUAAGAUUAUGAGUUUGAUACAGAAGAGCAUUCAGUUAGCUCAUUUAAAUGCAAUGAAGGAGUGUGUCAAUGAUGGGAACGAGGAAAGUGCAAUUGACCAUGUUCGUUUUCUUCACCUUGACCAUGGAGUAGAUGAACUGGAGUUUCGUGCGAUAUUACAAGAUCUCCUCAAGAUGCUUUUGUCAAGAAAGGGCGGACCUAUUGACUCUUGGCUUGCUAUGCGAGAAAAGUUGCUUUCCUUAUAUGCAAAAGCCCUUGCAGCAGACUGCCCACAUCUUGUACAAAUGAUUCAGGUUAUUCAGGAUGAAUUGCUCUCUGGAGAAAUUGAGAAGUACAGAGCACUUGACAAGCAAAUCCCACUACCCCUUGAUUGUUUUGAAAAAUAUAUGGAGGAAUCUUCACCAGACAUGGACACAAAUGCCAAGUCCUCACAAUUGAGAGCAACUGUUAGUGCUUGCAUGCGAGACAUGUACCACUAUGCACGAGUUUGUAGGUUACAUGUACUUGAGUGUGUCAUGGAUACAACUAUAUCUUUGGUGAAGAGACAACAGCUCGAAGAAGCUAGCAAUGUCCUUUUAUUGUUUCCCUGGCUUCAACCCUUAGUAGCUGCCAUUGGUUGGGAUCUCUUGCCUGGUAAUACAUCAGCCCGUAGAAAAUUGAUGCAGUUGCUGUGGACAAGUAAAUCGCGAGUGAUCCGUCUGGAAGAAUCAACUCUUUAUGGCAGUCAAUCGGAUGAGGUAUCUUGCGUGGAAAAUCUUUGCGAUUCAUUAUGUUAUCAGCUUGAUCUUGCUUCAUUUAUUGCUUGUGUGAAUUCUGGUCGUACAUGGAGCUCAAAGUCCUCAUUAUUGUUGUCUGGAAAAGAAGAUACUACGUCCGUGUCUGAAAAUGCUGAUUUGGACCCCUUUGUUGAGAACUUUGUAUUGGAGAGGCUUUCUGCUCAAAGUCCUCUGCGGGUCUUGUUUGAUGUGGUUCCUGGUAUCAAAUUUCAAGAUGCUAUUGAAUUGAUAAGUAUGCAACCCAUUGCUUCUACUACUGCUGCCUGGAAGAGGAUGCAAGAUAUUGAACUUAUGCACAUGAGAUAUGCUUUGGAAUCCACUGUUCUCGCUCUUGGAGUGAUGGAAAAGACUGUACAUAAGGAACUUGAAGAUCAUGGACAAGUGGCGCUCCAUCAUCUAAAAGACUUGCGUAAUCACCUGGAAGCCAUCAAAUAUGUUCCACGCAAGAUACUUAUGAUAAAUUUGAUUAUCUCUCUUUUACACAUGGAUAAUCUCUCUCUCAAUUUGACACAUUGUACAUCACCAAAAGGCCAUCAUGGAUCGCCUGAUUCAUAUGCUUGGGAGCAUACUGAGUUUACUGCUGUUGAAGGGGCAAAUGAGACUGUUAUAUCAUUCACUGGAUUUUUGCUUGAUAUAUUAUGUCGAAAUCUACCACCAUCUUUAUCUGAUCAAGAAAAUCUGAUGAGUGGUGGGUUAAGUACUGAAGGAAAACAGGCCUUGGAGUGGAGGAUUACCACGUCUAAACAUUUCAUUGAAGAUUGGGAGUGGCGAUUGUCUAUUUUGCAGCGCCUUCUACCACUCUAUGAACGCCAGUGGAGUUGGAAGGAGGCACUCACUGUGUUACGUGCAGCCCCAUCCAAGCUACUGAACCUCUGCAUGCAGCGAGCCAAGUAUGACCUAGGAGAAGAAGCAGUUCAUCGAUUUUCAUUAUCUGCAGAAGAUAAAGCUACCUUGGAAUUGUCAGAAUGGGUGGAUACUGCAUUCAAAAGAGCAUCUGUAGAAGAUGCUGUCUCUCGUGCUGCUGAUGGAACAUCCUCUGUUCGCGAUCUUGAUUUUACAUCAUUACGUUCCCAGUUAGGUCCUCUGGCCACAAUUCUUUUAUGCAUUGACAUGGCUGCAACAUCUGCAAAAUCUGGAAAUUUGUGCGAAGAGCUUUUGGAUCAGGCUCAAGUUAUGCUGUCUGAAAUAUAUCCAGGAGGGUCUCCAAAAAUGGGCUCUACCUACUGGGAUCAGAUUCUUGAAGUUGGAGUGAUUUCUGUGUCAAGGCGUGUGCUCAAGCGUCUCCAUGAAUUCUUGGAACAGGAUAAUCCUCCUGCUAUUCAGGAAAUCCUGUCUGGGGAAAUCAUCAUCUCGUCAUCUAAGGAUUCUCACCGACAAGGGCAGAGGGAGCGUGCUCUUGGUUUGUUACAUCAGAUGAUUGAAGAUGCUCACAGGGGCAAGCGACAGUUUUUAAGUGGUACAUUUUCUUUAUGUGCUGGGAGUUUCGAUCAUCUUUUUCAUGCACUACAGCUUUCUUAUUCUUUUUUUCUACGUUUAGGCAAGCUAUAUAACCUGGCAAGAGCCAUUGCUGACGAAGAAACAGAGGCCAAUUCCAGCAGAGAGGAGGCUGUAUCUGCUGAUCGUAAAAGUCUCUCACAAUUAUAUAAGGAUGGAGUUCUUGGCCUCGGGUUAAAAACUGUCAAAGAGACACCGUUGAAUUCAAUGACCACAGAAAGGAAUUUGCAGGCUAACAAUUAUGAUUUGAAAGACUCUGGAAAGAGAUUAUUUGGUCCUUUAACUUCCAAGCCAACAACAUAUCUUUCGCAGUUCAUACUACACAUUGCUGCAAUUGGUGACAUAGUUGAUGGGACGGACACAACUCAUGAUUUCAACUUUUUUUCAAUCGUCUAUGAAUGGCCUAAAGAUCUUUUGACUCGUCUGGUAUUUGACCGCGGAAACACUGAUGCGGCGGCAAAAGUGGCAGAGAUAAUGCGUGCUGAUUUUGUCCAUGAAGUAAUUUCUGCCUGCGUACCUCCAGUUUAUCCACCACGUUCUGGCCGUGGAUGGGCAUGCAUUCCUAUUAUUACUAUGUGCUCUAGGAGUCACUUGGAGAAAAUUCUCACUCCCUCUUCUAGAGAAGCUAAGGGCAACUCCUUUAAUUGUUCCUCUGGAGCAGCUGGUGGGCCACUAUUCUCUCUUCAGUUGGAUAUCAUAAAACAUCUGGCAAAAGUUUCUCCCGUAAGGGCUGUCCUAGCAUGUGUAUUUGGGAGCAGUAUCUUAUACAAUGGCAGCGACUCUUCUAUUUCCAGUUCCUUCAACAAUGGUUUACUGCAGUCAUCUGACGCUGAUCGUUUGUUCUAUGAGUUCGCUCUUGAUCAAUCUGAGAGAUUUCCAACCUUAAACCGUUGGAUUCAAAUGCAAACCAACCUUCAUCGAGUUUCAGAGUUUGCUGUGACAUCUGAGCAAACAGCUGAUGAUGGCAAAGUUAGGUUUGAGCAAAGAACUGCUAUAAAACGAGCCCGUGAGCAUGACAGUGACACGGAUUCUGAACUUGAUGAAAGUGGUGGUAGCAGUAGGAUCCCUAUCACUCUGACAGAUGUCAAUCGUCAAAGUGGGGGACCUGCUGAAACCUGUGAUGACUCUCUAAAGUCCGAUUGUGCCGACUAUGACAUGGCGGUGCAUCUUUCAUUUGACUGGGAGAAUGAAGAACCUUACGAGAAAGCUGUUGAGAGAUUAAUUGAUGAAGGUAAACUAACGGAUGCUCUUGCUCUAUCCGAUCGUUUUCUACGUAAUGGUGCCUCAGACCGCUUACUUCAGUUAUUAAUUGAGCGUGGCGAAGAAAAUCAUUCGAUAUCUGGUCAAACACAAAGUUGUGCAGGCCACAGCAUCUGGAGUGGCAGUUGGCAGUAUUGCUUGCGGUUGAAGGACAAACAACUGGCAGCUAAACUUGCUCUUAAGUAUAUGCAUGGAUGGGAACUCGAUGCCGCCUUGGAUGUUCUCACCAUGUGCAGCUGCCAUCUGCCUCAUAGUGAUCCAGUCAGAAAUGAGAUUUUGCAAAUGAGACAAGCUUUGCAGAAGUACAGUCAUAUAUUAAGUGCUGACGACCAUUAUAGCAGCUGGCAACAGGUUGAAGCUGCAUGUAAAGCAGAUCCGGAGGGCUUGGCUCUUAGAUUGGCUGAAAAGGGAGCUGUUUCUGCUGCUUUAAAAGUGGCUGAAAGUGCUGGUUUAUCUGUAGAUAUGAGGAGAGAGUUACAGGCUCAACAACUUGUGAAACUUCUAACAGCAGAUCCUCUGAAUGGUGGAGGUCCAGCAGAAGCCUCACGAUUUCUCUCCUCCCUACGUGACUCUGAAGAUGCUUUACCAGUUGCAAUGGGUGCCAUGCAGUUGUUACCCAACUUGCGGUCCAAGCAGCUUCUGGUUCACUUCUUCCUAAAGCGGAGAGAUGGGAAAUUAUCAGAUGUUGAGAUCUCUAGGCUUAACUCUUGGGCCUUAGGUCUCCGUGUUCUUGCUGCCCUGCCACUGCCAUGGCAGCAAAGAUGUUCUUCUCUGCACGAGCACCCUCAUCUGAUUCUUGAGGUUCUCCUUAUGAGGAAGCAGCUGCAAUCUGCGUCUUUGAUUCUUAAAGACUUUCCUUCCUUGAGAGACAAUUCUAUGAUUGUCGCCUAUGCUGCUAAAGCUAUUGUGGUCAGCAUAAGCUCUCCCUCCAGGGAACCUCGCAUAUCAGUUUCUGGAACAAGGUCAAAACCAAAAUCAAGAGCAGGUGCUUCAGCAAGGUCAUCUUUUUCGAACAGUCUGAGUAACUUGCAGAAAGAGGCCCGACGAGCUUUUUCUUGGGGCCCUCGAAAUGCUGGAGAAAAGAAUGCUUCGAAAGAUGUUCAACGGAAAAGAAAGAGUUCAGGAUUAUCGCCAUCUGAAAGAGUUGCUUGGGAGGCGAUGGCAGGUAUUCAAGAAGAUUCAAUGACAUCUUUUUCUGCUGAGGGGCAAGACCGACUUCCACCUGUUUCCAUAGUUGAUGAGUGGAUGUUAACUGGGGAUCCAAGUAAGGAUGAAGCUGUCAGAUCGUCCCAUCGGUAUGAAAGUGCCCCUGAUGUUAUUCUCUUCAAGGCAUUGCUUUCGCUGUGUUCGGAUGAGAUCGUCUCUGCCAAAAGUGCCCUUGACUUGUGUGUCAAUCAGAUGAGAAAUGUGUUAAGCUGCCAACAGUUGCCCGAGAGUUCAUCAAUGGAAACAGUUGGACGGGCAUAUCAUGCAACAGACACAUUUGUGCAGGGAUUAUUCUUUGCUAAAUCUCUUGUUAGAAAGCUGGCUGGGGCUAGUGAGUUAUCUAGCAAUCCUGAGAGAAAUAAGGAUGCAGAUGACACAUCAUCAGAUGCUGGUAGCUCGAGUGUAGGUAGUCAGUCUACCGAUGAGCCCUCUGAACUUCUUCUGCAGACAGAUAUAUGGCUUGGACGUGCCGAACUGCUUCAGAGUCUCCUAGGAUCUGGGAUUGCUGCUUCCCUUGACGAUAUUGCUGACAAGGAGUCAUCUGGUCGUCUUCGAGACAGGUUGAUUGCAGAUGAACGAUACAGUAUGGCUGUCUACACUUGUAAGAAGUGCAAGAUAGAUGUCUUUCCUGUAUGGAAUGCUUGGGGACAUGCUUUAAUUCGAACAGAACACUAUGGACAAGCUCGAGUGAAGUUUAGGCAAGCGCUUCAAUUGUAUAAGGGUGAUGCUACACCUGCCAUCAUGGAGAUCAUUAAUACAAUUGAAGGAGGACCGCCUGUUGAUGUGUCAGCAGUCCGUUCAAUGUAUGACCAUUUGGCUAAAAGUGCUCCAGCGAUAUUAGAUGAUUCACUUUCUGCCGAUUCAUACCUUAAUGUCCUGUACAUGCCAUCUACAUUCCCACGUUCAGAGAAGUCUAGACGUUCAUCAAACUCUGCAAAUGACUCUAAUUUCCUGGAUUUGGAAGAAGGACCCCGAAGCAAUCUGGAUAGUAUUCGCUAUCUCGAAUGUGUAAAUUAUCUACAGGAGUAUGCUCCGCAGCAUUUGCUUAAUUUUAUAUUUAGGCAUGGCCAUUUCAGCGACGGGUGUAUGUUAUUCUUUCCACCGGAUGAUCCACCACCUCAACCUUCAGGCCAUGGGGUUGUUACUUCAUCAUCAUCUCCACAAAGGCCGGAUCCUCUAGCAACUGAUUAUGGGACAAUUGAUGGUUUGUGUGACUUCUGCAUCGGCUAUGGUGCCAUGCCUGUUUUGGAAGAAGUAAUUUCGACGAGACUCUCAUCAAGUUCAAAAGAUGCGAUCAUUCAACAUACAGUAGCAGCCCUUGCUCGAAUCUGCAUUUAUUGUGAAACUCAUAAGCAUUUCAAUUACUUGUACAGGUUUCAGGUUAUCAAGAAGGACCACGUGGCAGCUGGGCUUUGCUGUAUUCAACUAUUUAUGAAUUCCUCUACGCAGGAAGAAGCCAUCAAACAUUUAGAACAUGCUAAGAUGCAUUUUGAUGAAGGUCUUUCAGCACGAUAUAAAGGUGGAGAUUCCACUAAAGUUGUCACAAAGGGCCUGAGAGGAAAAAGUGCUUCUGAAAAGCUCACUGAAGAAGGACUUGUCAAAUUUUCUGCCCGCGUGGCAAUACAAAUGGAUGUUGUCAAAUCAUUCAAUGACUCAGAUGGUCCCCAAUGGAAGCACUCUCUUUUUGGGAACCCAAAUGACCCUGACACAUUCAGGAGGAGGUGCGAGAUUGCGGAGACUCUCACUGAGAGGAACUUCGAUUUGGCUUUUCAAGUGAUAUAUGAAUUUAACCUUCCUGCUGUGGAUAUUUAUGCUGCAGUAGCUGCAUCACUGGCAGAAAGGAAAAAAGGAGGCCAAUUGACGGAGUUUUUCCGAAAUAUCAAAGGAACUAUUGAUUAUGAGGACUGGGAUCAGGUGUUAGGAGCUGCCAUAAAUGUAUAUGCCAAUAAGCACAAAGAACGUCCUGACCGAUUGAUAGACAUGCUAACCAGCAGCCACAGAAAGGUGCUGGCUUGCGUGAUCUGUGGUCGCCUCAAAAGUGCAUUCCAAAUCGCUUCACGGAGUGGAAGUGUUGCUGACGUGCAAUAUGUAGCACAUCAGGCAUUAUGUGCAAAUGCUCUCCCCGUGCUUGAUAUGUGCAGGCAAUGGUUAGCCCAAUAUGUGUAACUUCUAGCUCAUGCAGAUGAGGUUCAGUGCAGUUGCUUUUGGCUAACGCUUGCUCAUCUGAUGGGUUUGCAACUCUUUAAAGAGCAUUUCGGAGUAUUAGGGCCAUUAUGCUCAUCAGAGUACUGGUAUUCAUUUGAAAGCAUGCUAUUGCUUUUGUUUCAAGUUGAUACGAUGAUUUGAGGAACUGCCUGAGUCUUUUCAGGUAAAGAAAAUAUGUGAUGGACAAGCAUUUUAUCGGGAGGCCUGCCAUGGACAAAGCAUCUGUACAUGGGAUUUAUGGAGCUUUACUUAUGCUUCGGCAUUGGGAAAGUCCGAGCGCAGUCGAUUUUUGCCGGAAAAUGUCAUUAGGCGGAAAGACAUUAUGGGGAGCUUGCUACUUUUGGGCUCAGCAAAAGCUGCAUGGCUCGUGCGACUUGAUGAUCAAAUAUUAUAUGAAUGUACAGUAGCUUCCUUUUGUAUUGAAAUCAUACCAGUGCCAAAUAUAGUGACGGUGUUUGGCUACAUGUUCGGCUUUUUUGAAAAAGAUAUGAUGUUAGUGGUAUGAAAAUAUGAUCUUGUAGAGAUUGCCUUUCAAACAAGUUGGUCUCCGGAACCUGUUUGUGUCACUGCAGUGUGUGAUGGUUCAGUCGCUCAACUUGUUUUUCUUGAAAGAACGUGCAUGAGAUAUAAUAAGAAUGCCACUGCUUUAUUUGAAGAAA